GCGUCACCCACAAGCCCAGCACCAAAUAUGCUGCCAUCGACACCUGCCAUUGUCUCGACGCCAACCAACGACCCGACGGUCGCCUUUGCCUCGAUCAAAGACGUCGACAACAACAACCAAGUGCCCCGCAAGUCGUCGCGCCUCCGCCUCAUCAUCGGCGCCAUCGUCUUUUGCGGCGUCGUCUGCGCGUCCGUCGGCGCCUACUACAUCUACGACACCAAGGUCCGCGCGCCGUCGUCGUCCAUCGUGAGCUUGAUCCAGUCGACGCCCGGUCUGCGCCUCACCCUCCACGCCAAGCGCAGCAGCAUGGCCAUCAACGGCCAGACCACGCUCCAAGUGUACGUCGUGCCGCGGUCGUCGGCGUCGGCGUCCGGGUCGCUCCAGUUUGACGCGCUCUUGUCGACGACGGGCGACGAGGUCACCGACACGUACAUGCUGCUCAACCAGCGCGCGUACCACCGCGUGUCCAAGAACGACCUGCAAGUGUCGGCGUCGUGUCUGGACCAGUCGCGGGUGCCGCCUGUCGAGCUCAUGCAGUCGAGUCUCGAGAGCGCUACGAUCGUCGACAGCGUCAACGGCUCGACGGCCACCAACUGCACGGACGGCAAGCUCUUGCACUUGACGUUUGCCGGCGAAGACUUUGCGUUCUGCAGCUCGCCGACGCACCAGCUCACGCGCGCGACGGGGACGGACCUCGACAUGGACAUUGAGUACUUGAGCGACGCGUCGCAGUUGCCGAGCUUUGACGUGCCGGUGGUCGAUGGCGCCGCGCUGGACUGUCCGGUGCUGGUGCCGUCGGUGGCCGCGGCGUCGGGUCAGACGUUGUUGCAGACAUCGACGUCGAUCUGGAAGGCGGCGACGGGUGCUCCUCGCAUCCUCGGUCUCGGGUCGUCGUCGUGCGGGUGCUCGCUCGAGAAGAUGAAGCCGUGUCUGUUUGUGCACGGUGUCGGUCAUUUGUUCUCGGCUCCCAUGACAAAUACUUACUUGUUUGAUUGGGGCCUCAUUCACAAGCACGCGCCGUGCUGCUCGUCGACCAAGUUUGUGCACUUUGAAAUGUGGCAACGCGGCUGGGACAACGACGACAUCCAAAACGAAUUUUGCGACGCUGCACUCAGCGUGAGCAAGUCGACGACGAAGACCAUCGAAGACCUUAUCCUCGUCACGUACUCGAUGGGCAACCUCAUCACGGGCAGCGCCGUCGCCAAGGGCAAGUGCAACCUCUCCAACAAGGUCACGUGGGUGUCGAUCGCGGGUCCGAUGCAAGGCAGCUUGUCGGGCAACCUCCUUGAGCAAAAAUGUCAACAAGGUGGCGGGAACCUCCCGCUCAAGGGUCUUUUGGAAAUCACGACGCUCUGCCCGAUCACGGACGCCUUUCUCAAGCUCAAGCACGAGACGACCGUGUCGCCGGCGAUCAAGGCCAACUUCCUUGCUGCACAGGCGGUUCGAAAGCAAUACGCCACGGUGCUCAUGUGUGGCAGCGAUUCGUUUGGUCUCUCGACGAUCUUUGGCCCCGUGAUGAAGCUCGUGAGUGCGCUGACGAAGCACGGCGAUAUGAACGACGGCGUGGUGGCGUUCGAGAGCUGCCGUGUCGGGUUCGAAGCGAGCUCGUUCUCAAACAACUAUGCCGACGGCGGCAACUACCUCGCGAGUGUCAACCAUUUCGACAACUCGUUCCGCAACGGCGACGGCUGGUGGGGUGCCGACCGCAAGCCGCAAAAGUGGUUUGAAUGUGUCUUGUAAAUACCGUUGCCAUCAUAAACGAUUGCAUUUUAUGAAUACCCGA